UUUUCAGCCACAAACAAAGAAGGAACAGUACUUGAAAGAGGGGGUUUCCAAACCUGUAUUUCCAACUUGUGCUAGCCUAGCUACUUGCAAAUCUUGGAAUAUCUUACUUCAUCCAAAUCCCUUGAAGUCUGCAGAGAAGAUAAAAGACAUGGCUUUGAUCGGAGAGGCUCUUAUCUCUGCUUCCGUCCAGGUGUUGUGCAACAGAAUUACUUCGCCCGAGUUCGUUGACUUAUUUCGGCACAAGAAACUCGAUGAGCCACUCCUCAUGAAGCUGAAGACGACACUGUUGACCUUAUACGCAGUUGUGGAUGACGCAGAGGAGAAGCAAAUUAAGAAACCUGCUGUGAGGGAUUGGCUCGACGAGCUCAAACAUGCUGUCUUUGAUGCAGAGGACUUAUUCGAUGAGAUCGACAUGGAAGCUUUACGAUGCAAGUUCGAAGGCGAAGAUCAAACCGGAAAAUUUACCAACAAGGUGCGGAACUUGCUCUUUUCUUCUCGCAAUCAUUUUUAUCAGAGCAUGAAUGAUAAGAUACAAGAGUUACUAGCAAGGUUAGAAAAUUUCGUACAACUGAAAAGUGCUCUAGGUCUGAGAGAAGAUGCUGGGCUGAAGGUUUCACAAAGAACUCCAACAACUUCCUUGGUUCAUGAACCUUGUGUCUAUGGUAGAGAUGAAGUCAAAGAAAAUCUCUCAAAAGUGUUGCUAUCUGAUGAUGCAAGCAAGGAUGAUGUGUCUGUUCUCACCAUUGUUGGA